CAAGAGUUGUAUAUUGACUACAAUGAUAUACGGGGUAUCUUACCUCUGUGCCUUGCAAAUUUGACUUCAAUUCAACAAUUAGACAUCUCAUCAAAUCAAAUUGCUGGAAAUAUCACUUCAUCUCCCCUUAAGGAUCUAGGGUCCAUCAAAGUGCUUUAUAUUUCAGACAAUCUCUUUCAAAUCCCAAUUUCACUCUAUCCAUUUUUUAACCUUUCAAACCUUAAAGAUUUCAAGAGUGAAAAAAAUCAAUUAUAUGUUGAGACUAAUUCAUACUCUUUGACCCCAAAAUUCCAAUUAAAUUCCAUAACAUUGUCUAGUGAUGGAAGUGUUGGCACUUAUCCUGAGUUUCUCCAUCAUCAAAAUGACUUGAGACAGGUUCACCUCUCUCACAUUAACUUGAGUGGAAAUUUUCCUCAUUGGUUAUUGCAUAAUAAUGCCCAAUUAGAAACACUUUGUCUAGUUGAUGAUUUUCUUUUAGGAACUUUUCAAUUACCAUUUGAGGCUCAUAUGCAUUUAAAAACAUUAGAUGUCUCCUACAAUUUCUUCAAUGGUCAAAUUCCAAAGGAGAUUGGUGCAAAACUACCAAACCUAAUGUCUUUAAACAUGUCUAAAAAUGGUUUCAAUUGUAGUAUUCCAUCUUCUUUUGGUGAUAUGAAGUCAUUGAGAAUUUUGGACUUAUCUAACAAUAACUUGUUUGGUGGAAUACCUGAACACUUGGCCAGGGGUUGUAUCUCACUAGAAAUACUUUGUCUAUCAAACAACAAUUUGAAAGGUGAUAUCUUCUCCAAUAAUUUGAACUUGGUAAAAUUGUUAUGGUUACAAUUGGAUAGAAAUCAUUUUAGUGGAAAGAUCCCAGAAAGCUUGUUAAAUUGCUCCUCUUUAGAAGUAUUGUUUCUCAAUGAUAAUCAUCUUUCGGGCAAGAUCCCAAGAUGGCUUGGAAAUCUAUCAUAUUUGGUUGAUAUGGUGAUGCAUAAUAAUCAGUUUGAAGGUCUACUUCCAAAUGAACUUUGUGAAUUAAAUUUUCUUCAAAUUUUGGACCUUUCAAUGAACAAUAUCUCUGGAAGAUUACCAUCUUGUUUUGGUACUUCAAGUAUUAAAACGCUUCACUUGUCAAGAAAUAGAUUACAGGGACAACUAAAAGAUGCCUUCUACAUUAAUAGUCCUUCCUUGGUGAUCUUAGAUCUUAGCUAUAACCUCUUAGAAGGGGAAAUUCCAGGUUGGAUUGGGAAACUCUCUUCUUUAAGUUACUUGAUCUUACAUAGCAAUAAGCUUGACGGUGAAUUACCAACUCAAUUGUGUGAUUUGGGAGAGCUACGCUUGAUAGAUCUUUCAAAUAACAAUUUUCAUGGUAAAAUUCCUUCUUGCUUAUAUUUUACUGCUCUCCAAAAAGGAAAUGGGAAUGAUGAAACUUUAACUUCUAGCUUAGAGGAUGGAGGUAUAUAUGGUAGUGCAAAAUGGCUUCGAAGGGAAAGUCAAGAAUCUAUAGAAUUCACAACAAAACGUGUAUCAUACACUUAUCAUGGA